AUGAUGUUGUUACGUUUUCAAAAAUGUGACGGGCUACAACUAGAAGGUUCAAGAUAUACAAACAGUCCAAAGAGCCAUGUCCGGAUUGAGGGUUGUCAAGGCGUAGAUGUCGGAAAUCUUCAUAUUUCAGCACCUGAACACAGCCCCAAUACUGAUGGAAUCGACAUCAGUUGGUCGUCACAUAUUAACAUCCAUGACUCUGUGAUUGAAAGCGGUGACGAUUGUGUGGCUAUCAAUAGUGGCAUAUCUGACAUGAAUGUAACCGGUAUCACGUGUGGACCUGGUCAUGGUAUAAGCAUUGGAAGCCUUGGGGACAAUGGUGAAAAUUCUACUGUGGAACAAGUACAAGUCCGAAACUGUAACCUCACUGGAACGACAAACGGAGUUCGAAUCAAAACUGAACCGAAUGGAAAGGGGUACGCUAGAUCGAUUUUAUUUGAGGACAUUAAUCUCAUUAAUGUUAAAAAUCCAAUUAUAAUUAAUCAACACUACUCCAAUGAAGUAAGUCUUGCAACCACAUCGGCAGUAAAAGUGAGCGAUGUAACGUAUAGAAAUAUACAUGGGUCUUCAGCAUCAAAGAUAGCAAUUACCUUCGAUUGUGCUGAGGAGGUUAAAUGUACCGGAAUCAUAAUGGAUGACGUCGGAAUCACCGGAGAUAAUGUUUAUGCUGAUUGCAAAAAUGUUGAGGGAGAGUUUACCGAUACUAGCCCUCAGAUAACCUGCAGUUAGGUUGUCCGCCCCUCCCUUAACGGAAUGGUGUUUGGAUAAUUGUAUUGCAAUAAGUGUCUACGUUGCUUUGGAUUGGAAACGAUGUCUAAGGAUUGUUAUAGAUUCUUGAUAUAAUAAAUAAAACCAGUUUACGCA